CACACACACACACCUCAGGUUCAACUGUGUCCAGUCAUGGCUUAUGAGGUGGUCAAUAACCGUUCGCGCAAAACGAAAAGAAAACUGUUUGGUCUGGUUGGAACGGCGGUACUUGUGCUCGGAGUCGUUCUCGUCCUCGUCGUUGUGCUGUUAGUAAAAAACGGGAAUGGAAACGCGAACAGUGUGAGGAAAACCGUCAUUGCUAGAUGUGAAAGCUAUCUGAAAGAACACAGCAGCAUAGCAAGGCUGAAUGAAUGCGAGAAGAUCUGGGGGGCUUUUGAGAAGGCCUACGUGGGCAGAGAUGCAUGUGACGUCCCUCUCGAGGCUUACGAUCCUCUAAUAAAAACAGUCACGCAGCAGAUUACCUGUAAUACUAAGUUGUUCUGGAGCAAAACAAAUGCCAUAGCACACGCAUUUACAAAGAGCAGAAAUUGCCUGUUGACUGUGGAAGACACACUGCUAGGAUUCAUUUUUAAUGGACUGACCUGGUGCAGCAAAAAUGACAGUAAAGAAACAUUAACUACACACUGCCCUGAGUGGUCAUAUUGCCAGAACAACCCUGUGCGCUCUUUUUGGAUUCAGGCUUCAAGACAUUUUGCCGUCACUGCAUGUGGACACGUAUUUGCAAUGCUCAACGGAUCCCUGGAAGCACCGUUCAGCACCUCUAGUGUCUUUGGAAGUGUAGAAGUAAAGAGUUUCAACUCCAGUAAGGUGGAUAGUUUGACUGUUUUGCUCGUCACCAAGGACACAGACAAUACUACAUGUUCGAGUCCCUCAUUUAAGGAUCUUCGAAAUGCUUUGGCCUCAGAGAUUGUUUACAACUGCACAGAGGUUCCCUAUUCCAGUGUUGAAAGAUGCAUUUCUCAUCCAGAGAUUCAAUGCAGUGACUGCUUAUCAAGGCCUGGUGUGUUCAGCACACAAUGAGACCUUCAGGAAAGCUAGCCUAAUCAUGGGUCAGGAUUACACUACAGUAAUGUGUACAGUACUUUACAUCAUGUGUAAAUGAAAGCCAGCCAGACCAGCCUUUGUGAAAUUAGCUGUGAAAUUAAGACUACUUAAGGACAAAAUAUUAAGCUAGGUGAAUUGUGAAGACUAAAAACUUGUAACACUUUUUGUAUGUUUUAUGACAAGAUUUACUUUUUUAUAUUUACUUUUUUUGUAAGGCGUGGGUGGAAUAUAUGUGAAUGUACAAUAACUUUUAAAGUGCCUGCAAUCAAUGUACACAUGGUAUUUUAUGUACAAACAAAGGGAAUUGUGCCUGUGACCUGUUUAGUUUAUUUUAUUUUUUGUGUAAAAUGACCUAAAUUAAUAGAUGAACUGAUGAAGACAGGUGGAUGAGGACAGAGGGGCGGAAAUAAGUUAAACACCUUAUUCCUAAAAGCUAAAAUGGGGCAUUUUUAGUUUUAAAACAAAUUGUUUGUUUGUUUACAUUCAUGACAGGAACGGUAGUUACUCAUUACACAAGGUUCAUCAGUUCACAAGGUUAUAUCGAACACAGUCAUGGACAAUUUUGUAUCUCCAAUUCACCUCACUUGCAUGUUUUUGUACUGUGGGAGGAAACCCACACAGACACAGGGAGAACAUGCAAACCACACAGAAAGGACCUAAAAUAGGGCACUUAGCCCCAUGUCAAAGGCCAGCUUUCUCACUCAGUCUAACAUAUCUUAUUCCUAAAAGCUAAAAUAGGGCAUUUUUAGUUUUAAAACAAAUCAGUGUAGUCUUUAAUAAAUAUGUUUUUUGUUGUCUUUACAGUAACCAAAAGUUAUACAUUGUAACAGAAUGGAGGAAGAAUUAAGUCAAUAAUGCUAACCAGGCUCACUGUAUAUAAACUGCUGUGAAAGUGUGAGAUGACUUACAUUUGGUGGUACUGUGAAAUUUUGGUUUUACUUACUUUAUUUAAAACUUAAAUGUUAAAACAGUGAUAAGUCAGUAACAAAGUGGAAACCUUGAAUGGUAUUUUAAGUUAGAAACUUUAUGACUAGACAAAGUGAACAAGAAGGUUAGUAAUAAAGGUUUUUUUUUAUAACCUGAGUCUACAAAUACACACUAAUGUGGCAUAUACUGACUCAUCUGUAAUCUUACUUGAAAUUUUCUUUUUAAACUGAUUGACAAUUUUCUCAAGUGGUGAGUCACUUUGCAAGGUCUGAUAUUUUGGAUCCACUUGAAUAUUCCAUGAACUUUUCAUGUUGCCUUUGUCCCAAUUUUUGUGAAGGUGGUGCAGGCAUCAAAAAAAAUUUUAUAUUUACAAAAAAACAAUCAAGUUGGUCAGCUAAAUAUUAAGUCAUUUUUGUAUUAUUGUUGGUUAAAUAAAGGUUUAAAAGAAUGAACAGAUCA